AUGAAAAGGCUUUUUUCGGGUCCCAAGUCACCGACGUUAGAUUUCUUGUCGCCGCCUAAACCGUUUCAGGACGCUGAAAAAGGCGGGCAAAGGUCUAGAUCCUCGUCUUUCUCACGAGUUUUUUCGUCGUCUGACAGUUCCCCGCGACGUAGUCCGGGAGCUCUCGACGACGUCGCAACACCGACGUCGUCGGUGACGCCUGAACUCGUCCCUAUUGUCACACUGUUGUCAGCCCAGGCACACCGGCGGUAUCACGAAGGAAUUUUUUUGAUUCUGAAGGAUCUCAAUAGCGACGGGUCUCCAGCUGAAAGAAAAUGGAAAGAAGUGUAUGCUGUUCUGCUGGGCACUCAGCUGGCGUUAUGGGAUGCUAGGCUUUUGGCUGAGAACAAUCACGAUCCGGACAUGCUAAUGAAAGCGACUUCCAAGCCCACUUACAUCAACUUGACGGAUGCCAACUUUAGGCCGCUCGAUUCCAAAGAAAAUGUCGUUACGGGCAGCGAUAAGAAACUGAAGAAUAGCAUAGUGCUGUCGACGACACUCAAAAACAGGUAUUUCAUUCAACUGAGUGAUAAGGAAGCUUUCAACCAAUGGCAUGGGGCCAUGCGACUGAGCGCAUUCGAGUUCACGUCGCUGCAAGAGGCUUAUACUGGCGCUUUCCUUUCGACCAAAGGAUCAAAGCUCGGAGAUAUUCGUGUUAUCCUUGCGGACACCAAAUUUGAUUAUGAAGACUGGGUCAGUGUAAGAUUUGGUGCCGGUAUGCCUUGGAAGCGUUGUUAUGCCGUUAUUUCUCAACCAACCAAGAAAAGCUCUAAAGGCAAACGCUAUUGCGGUGAAAUUAACUUCUUCGAAAACGAUAAGAAAACGAAAAAAUCACAGGCGAUGACCACAAUCAAAGAUGCAGAUGCAAUGUAUGCUCUUUAUCCAUCGUCUCCCACGUUGAUUGAUUCUUCCACUAUAAUAAAACUUGAGGGUUCUGUUAAGUUCGGUAAAAAAGAUGAGCCUAAACAAACUGACAUUUUUAUAAUGCCCGAAAAGCAUUAUGCUGUUCCUGGCUAUGAUACUAUCAUUCGGUUUUUGGUGCCCAGUAUGAACGCAUUUCAGCUCUAUGGUAGACCCGAACGUUUGAUUGCCGACAGGUCCAAUUUCGACUCAUUACUUUUCGGAUUACCAACCUUACCUCAUGUCCACUAUUUGCAAACCGAAGAUUUGCACCCUUUGAUCAAUUCAGUUUCAAGCAAAGAUUGGUCUGUUUUGGAAUGGAGAAAGCAUAUUAAGACCAUUUUGUCUAAAAGACUCAAUAAAGGAUACACCGGAUGCGGAUCUAGCGAAGGAUUAACAGGUGCACUUUCGUCACCUGCCAUCAGUACCAACGAAUUGUUCGACACUACUCCCAUCCAGACCUCGCCUCUGAUAGCUACCGUAGCGAAAUUUAGUGGAGAACAGCACUCUGAUGGUGUCAGUACCCCUGUGUCUUUGAGAGGUCCCACAAAUUUAAGAAAUGUGGUCGACUCAUUUUCUGACGUCGAUGACUCUGAACGGAAUCGUCCAAUGACGGACAUGAAUGUUUCAAAUGGUUUGGCAGAUCCAUCUAUGCUUGAGAGGAAGCAGAAGGAGAGGGUUUUGAAAGCCACGAAACCAACCAUUGAGAUUCAGCACUCGAACUUUGAGAGUAUUGAGCAAAUGACUGCUCCUAACGAUUCUAAAAUAAGCAGCUCUCAUGGUUUAAUGUCGAGAAAAUCGGAGCUAUCUAACAUUUACGACAAAUAUGCGGAAGAUCCUUUCGGCUCUACAGGCGGGGUGCGGCCAUUGGCGGCGUCAGAAUCUGAUAACCGGGAUUCAGUUGGCGCUUACGAUAAGUAUAUGGGAUCUCCAAACGUGAAAAAGUUUGACAUUUCUACCUUAAGGCACUCCGAUAGUUCUGAGGCGACAGAGCACACGCGUCACUCAGGAUCUUUCAAAGAAACCCAAAGUAGAUCCAAAACAAAUGGUGAAGCUCUCACAUUUAGACAAAACAAGGACGACGUAUUGGGAGAUUUUUACAGUCUUUCAGAACAAAUCGCACAGAUUGAUCCUCAAAAUUCAAUCAAAAGUAAAGACUUGGAUUCGCGACAAUCUGAGGACUUUAAUUUUUUGGCGAGUGGUAAUGAAACUGGCGAGGACAACGUUUUUGAUCCGGAUUUCAUGGAGCAGAACCAAAUGUUGGAAACUGAAAGUAGUUAUGCUUUGAAUGAGAAGAAAUUUCAUCAGAGUGAAGAGGAUCUCACCGGAAACCAGCAGGCUGACUACCAUGACAUGCGAUUGCAAUCCAGUUACGUAACAGAGCCUCGUCCUCUGCCUAAAAUUCGCGGGCAGGCGGGUGAUAGAACUCCCGUUAAGCAGAUUCCGGGCUCGCAAGUUGACUCAAGGGGGAAAUCACAGGGAGGAAUAAGGCAUUCUCCAGGCUAUACAGACUUAAGUGCGCCAAGACAGGAUAUAGCAGCCGCGAGAAGUGGGACCGUCACGCCCACUAAAGGCCAAUCACAGCCAAUGGCUGGACGUCCCCCGCCAACUAUGGUACCACAUGCCGUUAGCAAGCCUCCUACGAUGCAAAUGCCUCGCAGACGAGCAGCUCACCAGCAAAUUGGGCAGCAAAUGCCACAGCAAAUGCCACAUCAAAUGCCACAGCAUAUGCCACAUCAGAUGCCCCAACCAAUGGCUCAACAGAUGCCCCAGCCAUCCAAUCUCGCAUCGUUUCCUAGACCGAUUGGCCAGAAUGGACCUUACACAAAAACGGAUGGUCGACCUCCUUAUUCAAACUGGCCUAGUGGCUCGCCUGCAGGUUAUCAGCCUCAUAAUUACAAUAUGGGCCCACAAUUUGCGCAACAACCUGUGUUUUCUAAGCAAAAUGUUAUGCCUCGGCCUCAAGGUUACAAUAAUGCGCGUAUAAAUCAGGGUACCAUGGGCGCACCAAGCAAACCCGCUCAGAAGCCUCGGUCACCAAUGACAGGUGGGUUUUCCCAGUAUAUGCCUUCGACGGCCAACCAAACGAAUCCAUAUGUUGCCAAUCCAUAUUCCAAUUAA